ACGGGUUCCUCUGAUAACGGACGGUGAUGACGUGCUGACCAAUACAAUGAGUUCAAUUUCUUUGAGUGACAUUGUUACGGCCGGCCCGGUCACAAAGAGCGAACACACUGUUGCCAGGCAACAGUCAUCCACAAAUCCAAAAGACUAAGGAAGGAGCUUGCCACUGUUGUACGAGACGCACCGAAACGACACAUUUGGUGAUGGAAUGACAACGGCAAGGCCGGGAUGAGCUCAAUGGCGUUGUCGGUGGUUUUGGACAAGCACAUUCGGCGUCUGUGUCUCGACCAGUUUCCCUGUGGAACAGGCAGCUGGCGGAAGGGCGGCAUCAGCUCGGACACGGAGACGCUGACGGAGGACACGGACACAUUACUGGAUCUGCUCAGUUGCCCGCACUCGCCGUGGCACCACGAUGAGCCGUGGAGCCCCCAAGCGGCCGCCCUGCAGCGCGUGGCCGUGGUGGAGCCCGAGCGACUGGACACGGACUUUGUGUGCAGCUACUUCAGAAAGCUACGCAUUGUUGACAAGGAUGUCUCUGUGAUCGACAAAUACCUGCUGAAGUUCUGCAACCUGCAGGAACUCGUUCUCAGCGCCAACCGCAUCUGCGAGAUCUCUGCCGAGAACCUCCCCAGGACGCUCAAGGUGUUGGAACUGCGCGCCAACCAACUGUGUGCUUUGGGCCGCCUGGCCAUCUCACCCCCCCCUCGUCUUCAGUACCUGGGCCUGGCCGCCAACUACCUGGGAUCCCGCCGAGACGUUGCCCACCUCACAGGAAGACAAUGGCCCGAGCUGGUGUGUCUGGACCUGAGCGAGUGUGACUUUGGGGAGCAGAGACCUCUGCUGAAGGCCCUCGGUACACUUCCCUGCCUACGAACUCUGGUGUUGGAGGGCAACCCGUUCACUUUGGCACCCUCGUACCCUGGCUUUGCCGUCGACGCUCUGCCUCGUCUUUGCUACCUGGACGCGGCGUGGAUCGCCCCCGAGGAGCGACAUCGAUAUCGCGGGAUGGCCAGGAUGAGACACCUUCUGGUCGACUGGGCGUCGACGACAGUCCGCGUGGGCCGGAUGCAGGGGGUCCCGGACCCGUCGCUGGACGCGGUCCCCGAUGCUCCGGAGUUCCCGGUGGUCAGCUACAGCUACUUUGUCUCCUACAUGUUCUUCAGUCACCAUACCACCGCCUACCGGGAAGUGGCGGCUGGAGCUACCGUGAGGGGUCAGGACCUGGCGGCCGAACAAACCCAGACACCCAGCAAGAAGAGUGACAAAGAGACACUGGUGUCCAUCGUGGCAGAAGGCAGCAAAGACCUCUCCUCGUCCAUCGAGUCGAGACACAGAACGUCAUCUCAGUCGUGGUCUGAUUGUGUCGACUUUGGUGACACGCUCACGUUCGUCGUCAGAGACCUGAGCAGCUUCAAGAAAUUCCUUCACCGGGGAUUACGUCUUUUUAUCGAGCAGGAAAAGACCCUGUCGUGGCCCGCGGAGGCCUCAGAUGAUGUCGUCGGUCAAGGCACUGUGGACAAGAAAGGGAAACAAGCCAAAGCCAAAGACAAGCGAAAGAAAGCUGCGGUGGAGCUGGUGGCGGAGCCGCCGACGGCCACAGUGAUGGCGUCCGCUCACGUGUCGCUGCGAGGCCUUCUCGACGGACACGAAAAAGUGGACAUCCUGUGCGACUUUGGCUCCCUGCGCAAAGAUCCUCCGGGGGAAGACGGGUCAAGGAGCAGUGAAAAUGUCAUCGCUGACAACAAAUCCAAGGACGAGUCCAAGAAGAAGGGAGCGGGACCGGGAGGAGCGCGUGCCGGAAACAGGAAACCGUCAACGGCCAAAGGGUCGCGCAAAGGAAGAGGCAGCGAGGAGCGCGACGGAGACACGCCCACCCAAACGGAAACGGCUACAGUCGAGUUGAGCGUGGAGCUGAAAAAGUGGCGGCACGCUUCAGAGGUGGCGCCACUCACGCCCGCCAAUUCUUGAGCCGAGACACCCUUUAUUUCCUUUAUUUGUAUAGAAAGGCCUCGGUAGAAAGAGCCCAAGUGCGUUCAAGUGUUCCGCCCGCAUGCACACCUUUAAAGUUGGACAGAAAAGCCUUUCUAGACAUAAGACAAAUGACAUGGCUCAUCCUCAAUUGUCACAUCAUUCUUCAUCUAGAAUCAUUUUUGGAUUUUUACAUGUAUAAAUCUUUGAUGCACUUUUCACACAAGGUUAAGAACGUCAACUCCUCCAGUUGUCUGUGCCAAUGACACUUAAAACUCAUAGACAUUGUGCAUCACACAUUUCAACCAUCGGUGUGACAAGCUGCGCAAACAACAAUUUAACUCUCAAGUCACUUUUAAAUUAGAAAAAAAAAAAGCCCUACAUGUAAGCCUGUCGCGAGGGUUAGGUUGGGUUAUGCAAUAAGUCAAAUUAUCACACGGUAAAUAAAAAUGAGGGUGGUCAUUUUCACGGUUGCGACGCGUGCGUGUUGAUUGUAUAUGAGACUCCAUAUAGCUUUCACAGAUGUUUAUUGGCCAUCAACACGCCGUAGAAUUAAAGUUCAGCAGUGGUGAAAGUGGACCGGAACGAGCCGGAACGGCUCUGAGUUUAUUAGGCGGAAACGCCGCUUUGAUCCCGCAAAUAUGACGGCAACUGUCCAAACACUGUUAAAAGAAAAAAACCUGCCAUACACGCAUCUCCAGUAAGAAUCUACUAACAUUAUCUACUAACACUAAGUGUUAACAUCAAGCCUGAUAAAGAGCUUGUGUAGUGUCAUCCAUUUCCAUCGAUAUUUAUUAUUCAUUUAUUUCUUUGAGAAAGUUCUUCCUAGCGUCUCUCCCUCUCUGCCUCUGACAAGUCGCGUCUCAGGUAGCAAAAAAUAAAUAAAUAUAUUAUAAAAGGACUCUGCUGUCCUGUCCGUUCAAUUGGCUGACAUACUGACAUGUGAUGAGCAAGGAUAGUUAUCCCUGAUUGGUUCAAAUCCAUGUUCUUUCUCCCCAAGAGAGUUGGGUGCAAAACAGGGGACUAAGAUGAGCCUGAGAGGGGAGGUUUCCAGCCACAGCCCUCUCCGUUUUUUGGAACAACAAAUAGAGGAAAAAAACAAGCUUAUUGAAUUAAAGGAGCAAUGCAUUACGCAACGGAAAAUUGAUCAGAUCUUUAAGAGUAAGGAAAGAAUUGAUGAGGUUUAUUUUAUUUUAAUCUUCCAUGUUAAUGUGCACUUUGAGUCUGCUUUGUCUUCAAAAUAUAUUCCAUUUCACUGUGCAUAACGUAUGUUUUUUGUACUUAUUUUUUCGUUAAUGUAUAUCUCUUAUUUUAAAAAGUCAAUGUUUACAUUAUCUUCCAUUUUAAAGUGCAUCCACUGUAUUCAAUAGUUAAAAUUGAGGUUUUGCUUUUAGAUUUCAAGAAAUGAGGGGAAAAUAAAAAUAAGGGUUUUAGAUGGAAUUUUGUAAAUAAGGAAAAAAAUACAAUUUUGAAUGGAAAUCAGUUUCUCAUUUAUUCUUUGUUCCAGUGUAAUGCAGUAGUCUAAUGCACGUGUUAAACCUUUCAUUCAUUCAUGGAAAAGCGCUAUACAAGUAUAACAUCAUCAUCAUCAUUCAUUUUCUGAGCCGCUUAUCCUCACGACGGUCACGGGGGCGCUGGAGCCAAUCCCAGCUAACUAUGGGCAAUAUGCGGGGUACACACGGAAUCAGUUGCCAGCCAAUCGCAGGGCACAAGGAGACGAACAACCAUUUGCCCACACAGUCAUCCUUAGGGACAAUUUAGAGCAUUCGAUCAGCCUACCAUGCAUGUUUUUGUGAUGGGGGGGGCUGGAGUACCUGGAGAAAACCCACACAGGCACAGGGUGAACAUGCAAACUCCACACAGGAGAGCCAGAGCCCGGGAUUGAAGCCUCGAUUUUUUGCAUUUCGGUGGUUUUAGUAGGUUUGACACCCCCCAUCAUUUUUUUUUUUUUUUUUUUUAAAUUGAGUCAGAGUUCCGGCAAGAAAAUCUAGCCACUUUCACCCCUGACGUUCAGACAUACAAACUAAGGAAACACAUCAAUAUUGAACAUUGUAAAACGUUUGCAUUGCCACACUGAAGCUAAUGGAAAAAAAACAAUGUAUUAACCAAUGAACCAAUUUAGCCUGAUAUAAAACAUUGGCAGUCUUCUCCGCAACGCAAAAUUGCGGUUAAAACGGUGACACUUCAAACAAAACAAAAAAUCGCUGGAUUACAGCAUCUGCAAACGAUGCAAACCUAAGAAAAAAACAAUUACUGAUGCCACAUGCAUGACGAAUAGCGAAGUGUACUUUUUUUUUUUUUUUUACUGAGUGUAACGUUUGUGGCUU